AUGACCAUACAACCAGCAGAAAAUAAACUCAAAAUAGCCAUCAUUGGUACUGGACCUGGCGGCUUAGCAGCUAUCAUCAACCUCUCAAGGCUGCCAUUCGUUGAGCUGAGCGCGUAUGAUCAAGCUUCCGAGCUUCGAGAAGUUGGCGCUGGGAUCAGUAUUAACCAGAAUACCUGGAGACACUUGCAGCUUUUGGGUGCCGCUGACGCGAUCGAGCAAUUCAACCUUCGAGGCGAUGGUACAAAGGUCGAUUCCGAGCAAAGAAAUGGUAUAACUGGAGAGCUAUUAUUCAGCAGAUUGCAGACAGUGGAUCCCAAUAUACCUGCCAGAUCGCGAAUUGAGCGGUACAAGCUUCAAAAGGCACUUCUCGACCAGAUACCUGCUGGUUUUAUUAAGCUCUCGAAACGACUUUCUACCAUUAUAGAGUUAUCCAAAGGUGUUCAACUUAGCUUUGAAGAUGGAACGACAGCUGGUCCAUUUGACUUACUUAUCGGAGCCGAUGGUAUCCGAUCUGCCGUUCGAAAACACUCCUUCCCCGACCAUAAGCUCAGCUACACCGGCAAAGUGGCGUAUAGGACUCUGAUUCCUCAGUCGGCGGUAGCCCAUAUUCCUAAUAUACCAAAAUCGUCUUGUUUUUGGCAUGCAAAAGAUACUCAUGUUUACACGGAUCCACUAGACAACGGUUUAUUCGAAAUCGCGACUAGAGCUUCGGAGACCGAGGAGAGUGUGAAGAAAGUCAGCUGGGGUCAGAAAAUCAAGAGAGAUCAGGUAGUGCACCAUUACGACGAAUACGUGGAUACAAUACGGCAGAUCAUCGCUGUUCCAGAUGAAUGGUUAGAAUUCGCCAUGUUCGGCGGACCUCGUCUCGAGUCAGUGAUCUCAAACAAUCGUAUCGCUUUAUUGGGAGAUGCAUCACACCCGCUUUCUGGUGCUUUUGGAUCCGGCGCUGCCUUUGCGUUCGAAGACGCAUAUGUACUAGCGAAGGCUCUGGCAUAUACAAAAGCAAAGGGAGAACCUAUAGGAGAAGCGCUGAAACUAUAUGACGAGGUUCGAUCACCCCAUUACAAGGGUCUAUACGCCAUACUGAAUGGCUUUGGAUCCAAUGCCAAAGAUAUACAAGCGAGUUCCCCUUCCCUCGAUGAGAAUGAAUUUAUCAAUGAAAGAACCCGACGUAAUUGGGCAGCCAACAACAGCUGGAUAUACGAAUAUGACGUUACCAAAGUCUGGAAAGAGCACAUUCAGACACUGGAAGCAAGCAAGGACUUCUUGAAGUUGGACUUAGCCCAAAACGAUGAAACCGGCCAGAAGCCAUUGCCUCAAAUACCUGUUAGUGCAUAG